AUGUUAGUUUUAUCAUCUUGGGUUUUAGCCAGAAAACCAAAAGUUAUAAAUCCGUUUAUUGUUGAGCAUCCUUUGCUUGCCUUAUUAAAGCGAAAAUUUAAUUGUUUAUCCGCAAGAAAAGGAAUAGUUCUUAAUCGAGAAGAAUUUCAAACAGUAACACAAAGGAAGUUAAUAUUAAUUUCUUUAGAUUGGACUCGCCCAAAAGAUCCACCCUUAUCUCUUGUAAAUGUACCAAACUUUUUACCUGAUGAUGUGGUAGAAUUUAUCAUGAUGUAUGCUAAUCCUUGUAUAGAUGUUGCAAUAGGAGCAUUUGUCUGGAAUGAACAAGCGGUACAACAUAUAUUAAAAAAAUUAAAGAAACAUAAGUUUCCAGGGAAAGUAAUUCUUGGUGGUCCUCAAGUGAGUUAUGUUAAGAAAGGAAUAGAAGAAUAUUACCCUUACGCAGAUAUUUUUAUUCGAAUUCAUUAUUUUGGAAACCCAGAUUUAGGACUUUCAGCUGUAACAGAAUUAGAUACUUUACCUUCACCUUUUUUAAAUAAAUUUAUUUCACCACAACGCUUUAUUCGAUGGGAAACUCAACGAGGAUGCCCAUUCCGCUGUGCUUUUUGUCAACAUAGAGAAUCUGAUGUGUCAAUGAAACGUCGUCAAUUUCCCAUGUCACGUGUUAUUCAAGAAGCAGAGUGGAUAGCAAAACAUUCGAACAUUCAAGAUGUUGCAGUUCUUGAUCCAACAUUUAAUUCUGGACCUUAUUAUCUUGAUAUCAUGGAUAAAUUAAUAAAGGAAAAAUAUCGAGGAAAACUUGCACUCCAGUGUAGGAUUGAAAUGAUAAAAAAAGAGUUUUUAGAUAGAGUUGUUCAAUUAAAUGAUACCGCAGAAACAGUAUUAGAGUUUGGUUUACAAACUACUAAUUCUAAAGAGCAAGCAAUAAUAGAUAGGCCAAAUAAUAUGAAAAUUGUUGAGAAAGUUUUAACUCAGGUACGAGAGAGAAAUAUUAAGACCGAAGUCUCUCUUAUCUUUGGCCUACCUGAACAAACAAUUACAUCAUUCAAAAAGAGCAUUGAUUUUUGUUUCAAUCACAAAGUUCCAGUCAUUCAUGCUUUUCCAUUGAUGUUAUUAAGAGGAACACCAUUGCAUGAAAGGAAAACAGAGCUUGGUCUUGUCGAAUCUUAUGAAGUUGCUUCACCUGAAAUUGAUCGUGUACAAACAGAUAUUCCUCAUGUCGUUGCAAGCCCUUCAUUUACAUAUGAAGAUUGGAAAGAAAUGUCCAAAAUAGCAGAAUCACUAGAAACUUCUGCGAAAAACAUAACAAAAAGUUUCGAUGGAAAACAUAAUGUUGAAACAACAUCUUCCCUACAAAACUUUAAUACAUAUAUUGUUUAA